AUGAACACUGCCAGGCCGAGCCCCACCACCACAGAGCCACUGGCAGAGGGGCAACCCCGACCAGAAACAGGGCACCAACAGGCCAGAGGACAGCCAAUCCCCGAGGCUGGUGAGAGAUCACACCCCACAAGGGCAGAGGACCACCGAGGGCCACACACCAGUGGGCCCAGAGUUGCCCCCGCCAACCGGAAAGGAGCCCGCCCACUAUACCCCCAGGGAGCGGGGCCCAACCCGCCCCAGGACACCACAUGCCCGACCCCCGACACAGGAAAGCCCUGCCCAGAAGGAGGUAUCGCCUUCCCACCCCAUGGAGGCCCAGGCGCCCCCACGGAGCAAACCCUUGGCACCCGAGGCAUAGCGGAGUGGGAUCCUGGGGUCCCAGACCCACAACCCAAAUCUCGAGCUGCAGAGAACACAGACCGCGAGGGAGCAAGAAAAAACCAGCAACCCCACACCCCACCCCUACGGCAGGACGACACCAGCAAGGCAGACAAAGGAGCAGGUGAGGGAGAACGGCAGCAAAUGAGCAAGCAGGUAAAAGAAUGGACGAGCAGCAAGGCAACCCACCACACGGCGCCAGCCGACACCCGCGAGACAGCAAAUCCCCAGAGAGGGAGUGCUGCGCCCCCAAGCAGCGGGGAGGCCGAGCACCAGAGCCAAGAAGGCAAGACCAGCAGCAGACCAGCUGCCAGACCACACCAGCCACCGGAAGCCAGACCACACCCCCGUAACACCCUGGAGGCAGACAGCCACCAGCCCGGAAACAGAGGAGACCAGCCAGAUAUCAGCAAACAGCGGGGACCGCCCGCCCCGCUUGUUUGA